AUGAAUAACCAAAUUUCACCGGGGGCCCAGGUGGCGGAGCUGGAGCUUGACGCCGUGAUCGGCUUCAAUGGACAUGUGCCCUCUGGUCUCAAAUGCCAUCCUGACCAGGAGCAUCUGAUUUAUCCUCUGGGUUGCACAGUCCUCAUUCAGGCAAUAAAUACUCACAAGCAGAACUUCCUGCACGGUCAUGGUAACAAUGUCUCCUGUUUGACCAUCUCCAAGAGUGGAAAUUACAUUGCUUCCGGACAAGUCACGUUCAUGGGGUUCAAGGCCGACAUCAUUUUGUGGGAUUAUAAGAAAAGGGAGCUGAUUGCUCGGUUGUCACUUCACAAGGGCAAAAUUGAAGCUCUGGCCUUUUCGCCAAAUGAUUUGUAUUUGGUAUCGCUAGGAGGCCCAGAUGAUGGAAGUGUGGUGGUGUGGAGCAUAGCCAAGAGAGAUGCCAUCUGUGGCAGCCCCGUGGCCGGCCUCAAUGUCGGGAACGCCACCACAGUGGUCUUCUCCAGGUGCCGGGAUGAGAUGUUUGUUACUGCUGGAAACGGGACAAUUCGAGUGUGGGAACUGGAUCUCCCAAACAGAAAAAUCUGGCCAACUGAGUGCCAAACAGGACAGAUGAAAAGGAUAAUCAUGAGUAUUGCGAUGGCUGACGAUGAUAGUUUUUUCUACCUUGGCACCACAACGGGAGAUAUUCUGAAAAUGAACCCCAGGACUAAACUGCUGGCAGACACUGGGCCUGUGAAGGACAAAUUCAGUUUGGGAGUAUCGGCUAUCAAGUGCCUGAAGAUGACAGGUUUGUUGGUGGGCUCUGGAGCCGGAUUGCUGGUCUUCUGUAAAAGCCCCAGCUAUAAACCCAUCAAGAAAAUUCAGUUACAAGGUGGCAUCACUUCUAUUGCACUGCGAGGAGAAGGACACCAGUUUUUUGUAGGAACAGAAGAAUCACAUAUUUAUCGUGUCAACUUCACAGAUUUCAAAGAAACUCUCAUUGCAACUUGUCACUUUGAAGCUGUCCAGGACAUUGUCUUUCCAUUUGGCACUGCUGAGCUCUUCGCCACCUGUGCCAAGAAGGACAUCAGGGUGUGGCACACGCUGUCCAACAGGGAGCUGCUGCGGAUCACUGUGCCCAACAUGACCUGCCAUGGCAUCGACUUCAUGAGGGAUGGCAAGUGCAUCAUUUCAGCGUGGGACGACGGUAAAAUCCGAGCCUUUGCCCCAGAGACAGGCCGACUGAUGUAUGCCAUUAACAGUGCUCACAGGAUCGGUGUGACGGCCAUCGCUACCACCAGUGACUGUAAAAGAAUCAUCAGCGGUGGUGGGGAAGGGGAGGUGAGGGUGUGGAAGAUAGGCUGCCAGAUCCAGAAGCUGGAGGAGGCCCUGAAGGAACACAAGUCCUCCGUGUCCUGCAUUAAGGUGAAGAAGAACAACGAGGAAUGUGUCACGGCCAGCACCGACGGGACUUGCAUCAUUUGGGACCUCGUGCAUCUUAGGAGGAAUCAGAUGAUCCUGGCCAAUACGUUAUUUCAGUGUGUGUGUUAUCACCCCGAAGAGUUCCAGAUCAUCACCAGUGGAACAGACAGAAAGGUUGCUUACUGGGAAGUAUUUGAUGGGUCAGUAAUCAGAGAGUUGGAAGGUUCCUUGUCUGGAUCAAUAAAUGGUAUGGAUAUCACACAGGAAGGAGUGCACUUUGUCACAGGUGGAAAUGACCAUCUGGUCAAAGUUUGGGAUUAUAAUGAGGGUGAAGUGACUCACGUUGGGGUGGGACACAGUGGGAACAUCAUGAGCAUCCGGAUAAGUCCAGGAAAUCAAUAUAUUGUUAGCGUAAGUGCCGACGGAGCCAUUUUGCGAUGGAAGUACCCAUAUGCCUCCUGA